AUGCCCAUGCCGUCUAACGACUACCCUGUCUUUACGAAGACUUUCCACUCUUCUGUUUAUGGAAAAAUCAAUCCGGAAAACGCUGCUCUUUCUGCCAGCGGCAAAGUUGUCCUCGUCACUGGUGGCGGACGAGGCAUCGGAAAGGCUAUUGUUAUUGCUUUCGCCAGAGCCGGAGCUCGCGCUAUCGUUAUCAUGGGACGUAACGCAGCUACUCUUCAGGCUGCGGAGACAGAGGUCUCAGGCAUUGCCCAGGCCACGGGUCACUCGACAGUUGUACGCAGCUUCACAGCCGACGUCGCCGAUACUGAAGCCGUCCUCGGUGUCUUCAAAGCUGUCAGUGAUGAGUUUAAGCAUGUCGACAUCGUCGUCAACAAUGCGGCAGGCCUACAUCUAGCCACUCUCGAGGCCACCAGCAUUGAUGACUACUGGAAGACGUUUGAGAUCAAUGUCAAGGGCACUUUGAAUGUAAUGCAAGCUUCGCUCAAACUCGGGUUCGACCGCGACGGAGCCUCUCCAGCGACAUUCAUCAACGUCUCCACUGUCGGACUGAUGAUGCCCACUUUCCCGACAUGGUCAAACUACGCUGCAACCAAGCUCGCAGGCUUCAGCAUGACGCAGUACCUCGCAGCCGAAUCAGGCGGCAAAGUUCGCGCCUUCUCAAUUCAUCCAGGCAGAGUUGGGACGGAUAUGGCGAAGGAUAACAACAUUCCGACUUUUGAGGAGCCAGAAUUGCCGGGAGCGUUCUGCGUGUGGCUCGCUGCUACGAAGGAAGCAGACUUCCUGCAAGACCGUUUGAUAGCAUGCAAUUGGGAUGUCGAUGAGCUGUUACAAAUGCGCGAGGAAAUCGAAGAGAAGGGACUGUUGAAGAUGACGUUCGCUGGAUUGCAUAUGUAG